GUUCCUUAGUGUCAUGUGACCAGCGCUCUGCUGUCAUUUAUGCUCCUCGACACCAGCUAGUAAUUCACAUCGACUUGCGUUAGUGUUUUCAGGUUUCCUUUUCUUUAACCGACGAUGGCGACAAUGGUGGCGAACAGGGCGAUGGACGUCAAUGGAUUGGCUGCAGCUGCUAGGACACACACCCAGGCUGUGACCAGAAAUUACAUCUCUCAACCCAGACUAACUUACUCUACUGUGUCGGGUGUAAAUGGACCCUUGGUGAUCCUGGAUAACGUAAAGUUCCCACGAUAUGCUGAGAUUGUCCACCUGACCCUGCCCGAUGGCACCAAGAGGAGUGGGCAAGUCCUGGAGGUGAUUGGAAGCAAAGCAGUUGUUCAGGUUUUUGAGGGAACAUCUGGUAUCGAUGCCAAGAAGACAGCCUGCGAGUUUACUGGUGAUAUCCUGCGUACGCCAGUAUCAGAGGACAUGCUGGGUCGUGUGUUCAAUGGCUCUGGAAAACCCAUCGACCGUGGGCCCAGUGUUCUGGCUGAGGAUUACCUGGACAUCAUGGGUCAGCCCAUCAACCCUCAGUGCCGUAUCUACCCAGAGGAGAUGAUCCAGACUGGCAUCUCUGCCAUUGAUGGCAUGAACAGCAUUGCCAGAGGACAGAAAAUCCCGAUUUUUUCUGCUGCCGGUCUGCCCCACAAUGAGAUUGCUGCCCAGAUCUGUCGCCAGGCUGGCCUGGUGCAGAAGUCAAAGGAUGUGAUGGACUACAGUGCUGAGAACUUUGCCAUUGUCUUCGCAGCUAUGGGGGUCAACAUGGAAACUGCUCGUUUCUUCAAGUCUGAUUUUGAAGAGAAUGGCUCUAUGGACAAUGUCUGCCUUUUCCUGAACCUAGCCAAUGACCCUACCAUCGAGCGCAUCAUCACCCCUAGACUGGCGCUGACUUCAGCAGAAUACUUGGCCUACCAGUGUGAGAAGCACGUCCUGGUAAUACUGACAGACAUGAGCUCCUAUGCUGAGGCACUGAGAGAGGUCUCUGCUGCACGAGAGGAAGUACCUGGCCGACGAGGCUUUCCUGGCUACAUGUACACAGACCUGGCCACCAUCUAUGAGCGUGCUGGCCGAGUGGAAGGCAGAAACGGCUCUAUCACCCAGAUCCCCAUUCUCACCAUGCCCAAUGAUGACAUCACCCAUCCAAUUCCUGAUCUGACUGGAUACAUCACAGAGGGUCAGGUCUACAUUGACAGGCAGCUGCACAACAGACAGAUCUACCCACCCAUCAAUGUGUUGCCCUCCCUGUCCCGUCUGAUGAAGUCAGCCAUUGGGGAGGGGAUGACCAGGAAGGAUCAUGCUGAUGUUUCUAACCAGCUGUAUGCCUGUUAUGCUAUCGGUAAGGAUGUUCAGGCUAUGAAGGCUGUGGUGGGAGAAGAGGCCCUCACCUCUGAUGAUCUGCUCUACCUCGAGUUCCUACAAAAGUUUGAGAAGAACUUCAUCGCUCAGGGACCAUACGACAACAGGACGGUGUAUGAAACUCUGGACAUUGGUUGGCAGCUGCUGCGAAUCUUCCCCAAGGAGAUGCUCAAGAGGAUCCCUCAGAGCACCUUGGCCGAGUUUUACCCCAGGGAGUCUGCCGCCCGUCACUGAGGGGCCCUAAGGGAUGCUCUGGUUCUCACCCCGCUCACCUUUGUACCCACUAUCAUCCUCUCCCUUUAUUCCCGUCUUUCAUCUCAUCCUAUAGUCCUACUCAUUCUCCUCUGUAAUGUACUGUAGUGUACCUGUGUCCAGAAGUGUAUGGAAAGUGUCUGUGGUUAAAAUGUCAACAUACAAACAUAUCCUUGAGAUUAAAGAUCAGUUUGAAUAUAGGUCUGUCUUACUGCUGUUACUAUGUAAAAGAAAUGCUAUGUAAUAUUGUUGUCUAUGGGUUAUUAACAUUGCACAGGCCCAGAAGUACAAGAACCCCUGCAGCCAGAACCAGCAGGUGAUGCUCAUGAAGUUGGAUUUCUAUUGAGACUGUGUAUUAUUGAUUCUUCUUGAUUUUCAUUUUCCAAACUUAAAGGUAGUGAACAAACCAAACUCCCAGCUUCACAAAUGGGGCAUAAUAAACGUCCUCAUGUACUGAAUUUCCUCAGAGGAGAUAUUAUUGUCAAGUUUUCCUCUAACUAACUCUAUUGAUUAACAUCAGCAACUGCUGUGUUAUUUCAUGCAAGUGGCUUCAAGUUGGCUAAUCCUCAGAAGUUCUUGUGUGGCAUUUUCAAAAUGCUGACGGAAGCAUUUUCAAUAAAGACAGACUUUGUCCACAAGCAGAGUCGAGAUGUUUACGCAGUUUUGCGCUGAGUACUUUGACUCUUACUGCCCUCUUGCUUCCUCUACGUGCUUCAGAAAGAAUACAGUGGAUGUUUACAUUAUAUUGUUUUGUGUUGUGAAAAAUUAGUAAAUAAGAGUAUAUUAAACAUUCCCAUCUGUUUGCAGAAGAUAAUUCUUUGUUGUGCUACGAUCAUUGUUUUUGUGAGUUUGUGGCCAUGAAUAAAUUAACUUAAAUAUUAA